CCGUUUGUUUUGUAGGAAUUAAAACCUCCUCUCUCUCUCUCUUUCUCUCUCCCUCUCUCUUUUUGUUAAGUCAGGAAAUUAUUUGCAUGCAAUCCACAUGAGCAUAGAAGAGCAGCUUGGGAGAUGUCUGUGUGCUGAAGCGCUGUUCUCCUGAUGAUGUGGUAUAGGAAACAAGAAUUCCUUUAAAGGAUGGCUAUCCGAGAGCUGAAAGUUUGCCUCCUGGGGGACACUGGGGUUGGCAAGUCAAGCAUCGUUUGCCGAUUUGUUCAAGACCAUUUUGACCAUAACAUCAGCCCCACUAUUGGAGCGUCAUUUAUGACUAAAACCGUACCUUGUGAAAAUGAGCUGCAUAAAUUUCUGAUAUGGGAUACUGCUGGUCAGGAACGAUUCCAUUCACUGGCACCAAUGUACUACCGAGGCUCGGCAGCUGCUGUUAUCGUAUAUGAUAUUACAAAGCAGGACUCGUUCCAUACACUGAAGAAAUGGGUGAAGGAGCUGAAAGAACAUGGUCCAGAGAACAUUGUUAUGGCCAUCGCUGGAAAUAAAUGUGAUCUCUCUGACAUCAGGGAAGUAUCAAUGAAAGAUGCCAAGGAAUAUGCAGAAAACAUUGGGGCAAUCGUUGUUGAAACUAGCGCAAAGAAUGCCGUCAAUGUUGAGGAACUCUUCCGUGAUAUAAGUCGGAGAAUCCCUCCACUGGAUCCACAUCAGAAUGGUUCUAAUGGAGCAAUGAAACUCGGAAGACAAACCAUGCAGACCACAAACAGAUGUUGUUGAUCUCACUAGCCAUCAUUUAAACUGCUCUUUUCACACAGUGAGAUUGUUUGCUAACAAUAAGCAGUAUCUUGAAACAAACCAAGAGAGGAUUUAAAACAGGACAAAAACAUGCUGAAUUUUAGAACCUUGAGCAAGCAGUUCAUUUUUUUCUCAUUGUUUACAAUUGCUUUCUACUCAAUGUUUAAUCAUUUGAAAGCAAUUACUGUACUGCAUUUUUUAUAUUUUUAGCAGAGGCCUUAAAAUUGUGACUUAUUUUUUCAGUGAAAUGCAUACGUUUUUAUGAAGGCCUAGUAACCUAGUUACAGUAUAUUUUGCACAGUACACUAAAACUCAGACAUUUCUAUAGUCAUUUUCAUGAGCUGACAGGGAAACUAAUGAAGCUGUAAAUACGUUUUACUAACCAAAAUACCUAUUGGAGGAGUCCAGGUACAAGGACCUUAAAAAAGUCAUCACAUAUCUUUUUAGCCUAGUACUCAUUUACAGUAUAAAAGUAAAUGUUUACCAGUGCCUCAAUACUGUAUGAAUGUUUUUCAAAGAGGACCUGAACUUUGGAAGCUGUGCACAAAAAAGGCAAGCAGUGGACGGAGGACUAGUCAACUUAUUUGCAGGCUCUCUGUGGUUGAUACUUCUCUAAUUUCUGACUUGAUGUUGCUGUUUUACACCGUGUUUCUGUGUAUAUGUGGCCAUCUUUAUUGAAGAAUAGGGCUUUGCUUCCUUGGAGCUGCACUCCCCCCCCCCCACUUCUCCUCUGAUGACUGGGGGAGCAAAACUUAAGAAGUGGUAGGAAAGGUAUAGGAAGAACAGAUCCACAGAAUAAAUUAAAUAAAAAAGCAGGGAGAUGCAUGCAGUGCAUAUUCCUGUUCAGCAAGCGGCACAAUAGCGACAUCUCCAAAUCGCAUUAGACUAGCGAUCAGAUGCAGAAAUGCUUUACAUGAUUUCACACAGCAGACAUCAACCAAGAGGCUGUUGGGACCAUAGGGCUGCUUUCACAUUGAGGCGUGCAGCCGCGGUGACGGUAUAGCCGCGCUAUUUGUAGCGCGGCUAUACCGUCGU